CGUGUAAAAAAUGGAACGCUCUCCAGCAGAAGAAAACUUUUUUUAAGAAAAGGAGCAGAAGAAAACUUUUUUUAAGAAAAGGACCAAAUACAGAGAAGUGUCAAGAAAGCUAAAUCCAACGAGGAUGAAAUCCUGUCAGAUGCAGAGGAGGUACCACACAACAAAGAAGGUGUCACUACGAUGGUAAUCGUCAAACUUCUGGGGAAAAAUUUGGGGUUCUGCGCUAUGGAUGCCUAGAUUCAACGGGUAUGGGCCAAGAAGGGUGAAGUCAAAAUCAUUGACUUAACUGGGGAUUUUUUCCUAGUUCAAUUCCUAGACGAGGAAGAUUAUUAACAUGCUCUGUUCGAAGGCCUUUGGCAGGCUGCUGACCAUUAUCUCUUGGUACAAAGAUGGAGGCCAUUUUUUAACCCUUGUGCUAAUGAUUUCAAAGAAUUGCAAUGUGGGUGCAGAUUCUAGAUUUAUCCGUGGAAUUAUACACUCAACCAUUUUUGUGGAGAGCAUGAAGAAAGAUAGGUUCUAUGAUCAAAAUUGACCAAACCACGUCAAUUCACUCAAGGGAAAAAUUUGCGCGGCUAUGCGUGAGAUUGACUUACGGCGUAAACUUGUUCUGGCUAUUGAAGUAUUAGGCCGAGAGUUCAAGAUAGAGUAUGAGGGCUUGCAUUUGAUAUGUUUUGGGUGUGGAAGGUAUGGUCAUAGAAGGGAGGAAUGUCCUGAUGGAGGAGUCACGAAUGCCAAGAUGCAGCCGCAAGCGGCAACGACGAAGACCAUUCCGAUGGUUAAAGCAAAUGGUGAAGGUUUGGAUGCAGCUAAUCUGGCUCCAGAUAAUUUGGAAGUGUUUCCCGAAGAAAGUGGGAUUGUGACAGAGGUGCAAGCGAAGUCCACGGGAAGGAUUGAUGAUAAUGUUGGAAAUCAAACCACUUCUUUUGGGCCUUGGAUGCUUGUGAGCAAGAAUCAAUGUAAAGGAGCUCGCCCUAAGCAAGGAAGUGGGCCAGGGCCCAAAGUGCAAGUUCAACUGGACUCACGUUUCAACUUGUUGGGCAAUGAGGAACCCAAAGACCAAAUAACUCCUGAUUUGGGCAACAUAGCCUCAACUCACACGCCCAAACAUUUUGAAGGAAAGGAGGAGAAAUUGAAACUUUCGUCUCAGGAGGGAAGAAGUAAGAAAACCCAAACUGGAAAGACUCCUUCCAUUCUCAAGUCUAAUGUGUUUGCUGUCCAAAGCAAAGAGGUGUCAAAAAUGCAAAUGGAAAGGAAGGAAGCAGGGAGACAAAGUUUUGAAGCAGUGGUGAAUAAGGGGAAAGAAGUAGACUCCUCUCCUAGUCCUGCGACAAAAAAUCGGAAUGAGGAUGAUUAGUGGCACUCAAUUAAUUUGAUUAAACAGGCACAAUUUGACUCUCGAGGUGACAAGCUAGGCUUGGAAGGGCUUCCCUAUGUUGAAACAUAUCUUCCUUCGAAAGAGGAUAUCAGGGCUACAAAUAAAGUAAAUCGCAAUAUGGGAGACAUGGAUACAGCAUCAAAUCCACCGAACCCCGGAGCAAUGGUUGAUGCACAUUCUCCUGUGGUUUUUGUCUCGGUUUCUCCCAUGGUGGAGCAAGCUUCAGCAGGUUGGUUAAGGAUUUAUGUGGUCAUUAUCACUCUAGUAUACUCUGUCUACUAGCUAGAGACUCAUAUCUCUGGAACAAAGGCAACAAACAUUGCUCGGAAGUUUGGUUUCUCUUCUUGGCAUCUUGUGGAAGGUGUUGGCUUCUCUGGAGGUAUUUGGGUGUUGUGGAAUGAUACGUUUUGGUGUAUUGAGGUUCUGGAAUCGCAUAGGCAAUUUGUCCACUUGAGGGUAGCUUAUCAAAACGAGCUUCCUUGGUUUCUAAUUAUUGUCUAUGGAUCUCCCCAUAUUGCUCCGCGAGCUGAUCUUUGGUCUAAUAUUCGAAGAUUGGCAGGUCUCAUUCAGGGCGAUUGGUGUGUGGGUGGCGACUUUAAUUGUGUGCUUACGAGUGCAGACACGUGGGGGGAGUUUCCAACUUAUCCAGAGAUCAUCACCGCUUUGCCGCCUGUCUUUUUGAUUCUGGGUUGCACGAUAUUGGGUUCCAGGGGCAACCCUUUACUUGGCAGCGGGGACCAUCCAGAGGAGACUGGAUAAGUAUGUGGCAAAUAAGUCAUGGUCUCUGCGGUUCUUUCAGGCUCUGGUGAAGCACCUAUCGAAGCUGAAAUCCAACCAUGUGCCCAUCCUACUUAACUUGGAUUAUCAUAGUAAUUACUUUGUUAGACCUUUCCAUUUCUUAUCUCCUUGGCUUGUUUAUAGGGAUUUUCAUGCGCUAUUGAUUAAUAAUUGGCGUACUGAUAACCUGCUGGAGGAUAAUAUUUCAUCUUUCAUGUCCGCUGCAAAAAUUUGGAACAAUGAAGUAUUUGGUAAUAUUGCAAAGAGAAAA